UUGUUUGCGAGUAGUUUGUUAAUAACGGGGAAAAAACAAUGUAUGCAAAUCUGGUCGUAUUUUGUAACGAUCAGGGAACAAAUUUGGUCGUGUUCGGAAUUAGAUUGUUUAAAUCUAGGACAGUCUCUCUCGAGAGGAAGGAAAAUGGAGCUGGAUGACGGAGUUGUGUACCAGGACGACCCGGGGACAUCGGCGGUCAUGUCGGAGAGGGUCUCGGGCCUGGCCAACUCCAUCUACCGCGAGUUCGAGAGACUCAUCCGCAAGUACGACGAGGACGUGGUGAAGGAGCUGAUGCCGCUGGUCGUGGCGGUGCUGGAGAACCUCGACACCGUGUUCGCCGAGAACCAGGAGCACGAAGUGGAGCUGGAGCUCCUGAAGGAGGACAACGAGCAGCUGAUCACACAGUACGAGCGCGAGAAAGCGCUGAGGAAACACACCGAGGAGAAGUUUAUUGAAUUUGAAGAUUCCCAAGACCAAGAGAAGAAGGACUUGCAGAACCAUUUGGAAAGCCUGGCAUCACAUUCCCGUCAGCUGGAGCUGAAGAUCAAGAACUAUGCUGACCAGAUAAGUCGAUUAGAGGAGCGAGAGGCUGAACUCAAGCGCGAGUAUAAUUCCCUUCAUCUGCGGCAUACAGAGAUGAUCCACAACUACAUGGAACAUGUGGAACGGAUCCGGAUACAGCAGACGGGAGGAGAGGCCUCUGACACAGCAACAAUUGGCCGAGUUCGGAAAGAGCGGCCCCUGUCUCUGGGAAUCUUCCCCAUGUCCGGCGGUGGCACUUCACUGACACCUGACAUCCAGGGCAGAGCCGAGACUCCUGGGAUGGAGGGCUGGAGAUUCAAUAACCUCAGUCAUCAGUGCUCUAACGCUAGCCUCAAGUUGGAGGCGGAGGACACUCCAAAGAAAUGGGGUGGUAAGGAUGUUCUGGAAGCUUGGGCCUCGCUGGCAAACGACUGCAAGGAUGAGCUGUCUGACCUCAGCCAGGGAGGCUCAAAGUCUGUCACUCCCAUGUCCACCACGGCCUCAGAUUUGGCCCUGGACUCGCACAGAGAGGAUGGAGACGGAUUCUGGAAGAACACAGAGGUUCAGGCUGUUCCAGGGAUCAGGAGCGUCUCUGCGGGUCUGGCCGAUAAUGAGGAGAAGUCAGAUGUUCAGGCCAUUAUUGAGUCCACACCAGAGCUGGACAUGGACCUCGGAUAUAAAGGUUCAAGUACCCCGACCCGAGGGAUUGAGAACAUGGUGUUCGACCGAAAUACAGAGUCUCUCUUUGAAGAAGUGUCGUCAGCAGGCACAGGUUUGAUUGGAGACGUGGAUGAAGGAGCAGAUCUGUUGGUGGAGUACUCCGUGCAUGCGCUUUCACACCCGAGUCUGUCCGGCAUGGGUCGUGAGGUGGAGAAUCUCAUUCAGGAAAAUGUGCAGUUGCUUGAGACAAAAAAUGCAUUGAACGUGGUGAAGAACGAUCUGAUCGCUCGUGUGGAUGAGCUCUCCUGUGAGAAGGAGGUUCUUCAGGGGGAGCUGGAUGCGGUUUUGCAGGCCAAAGCCAAACUAGAGGAGAAAAACAAGGAGCUGGAGGAGGAACUCAAAAAAGUGAAAGCAGAGGCAGAGGAGGCCAAACAGAACAAUAAUAAAGAAAAAGAUGAGAGCGAUGUGCCCACAGCUCAGAGGAGGAGGUUCACACGGGUGGAGAUGGCUCGAGUCCUGAUGGAGCGAAACCAGUACAAGGAGAGACUGAUGGAGCUGCAGGAGGCCGUCAGGUGGACGGAAAUGAUCCGAGCUUCACGGGAAAACUCUGAAGUUGCAGAGAAGAAGAGGUCAAGCAUCAGGCAAUUCUUCAGUCGCCUGUUCAGUUCCUCUAGUUCCUCAAUGUCCAGCAACACAGCGAGAGGUUUACCCUCCAACGUCAAGUACAACCCACCCAGCAUCAUGAAAAAGAGCAACACCUUCUCCCAGUUCCCAAGAGAAAAGUCCAAAGCGUUCGACUUCCUCAAAGAAGAGGUGGACUCGAGUGGUUCUCUGUCCCGCCGGGAGCAGAAGCGCGCUCAAUACCAGCAUGUGAAAGCCCAUGUUCAGAAGGAGGAUGGCAGGGUCACAGCACAUGGCUGGAGUCUCCCUGGCAAAUACAAGGUUGCUAAUGGUGGCCACACGGAGAACAAAAUAAACCUACCCGUUCCUGUGUGUCUCAGGCCACUUGAGCAGAAAGAUGCUUCCAUGAAGCUCCUGUGUGCAGCUGGAGUGAACCUCUCAGGUGGGUGGUCAUGUGAGGGAAGCUUGUGCGUUUCUGGUGAAGAGUCUACGGUGGAGACAGACGCCUCCAAACAGAGGAAAGGCUCUCAGAGCAGCCUAGAUCAGCUGGAGCAGGAACCUAAGGAGCAGGAACGGGAGCAGACGGUGCAUGUGGAGAUGUCCAGUCGCGUUUGGAUCUGUACGAGCACUCACUCCUCCACAAAGGUGAUGAUCAUGGAUGUGACGCGGCCCGACGACCUGCUCGACAGCUUCUACGUCUGUAACUCAUGUGUGCUGUGUAUCGCCAGCGUACCAGGAGUCUUGGAGACAGACUAUCCUGCAGGGGAGGAGAUUCCUCAGGACCCGGAGGCGGGACCAGACGCUUUAUUGGCCAGUAGCAGCUCUCAGAGCAGUGAGGGUGUGUUGAGUGACGUGUCAGCGGUGGGCUGCAGUGUUGAAGAGUCCAGCACAGGGUCUCAGUCGGGCAGCACAGGGACCACCGAACGGUCAGCAGAACAAAGUCCUGCCAGAGGAAGUGAUCUUUCCAGAGCUCCCAGUGAAGAAGGGGUCCCUGCAGCGGAGGAGGCUAUGGAGGCCACUGAGGAAGACCAGGAGAGCCCGGGACAGGACACCAGCCAGCCAGGAAUCUACACGGAGCACGUGUUUACAGACCCACUGGGAACAGAGUCUUCUGGGGCUUCAGCAGGCAACGAUAACCAGAGGGAGUCCGAUCAGGACAGGGACGAUACGGCCUCAGCAGGUGAAAAGACGAAUCUGGCAAAAGAAGAGAUCCAGCGGAUGAGCAGCGCACUGCCUACCAUGUGGCUAGGGGCUCAGAACGGCUGUUUAUACGUGCACUCAUCGGUCGCUCGAUGGAGGAAGUGUCUUCAUGCUGUCAAGCUGAAGGAUUCCAUCUUGAACAUUGCACAUGUGAAAGGCCGUGUUUUGGUGGCUCUGACUGACGGUACACUGGCCAUCUUUCACAGAGGUCUGGACAGCCAGUGGGAUUUAACCAACUACCACCUCUUGGACCUCGGCCGGCCACAUCACUCGAUCCGCUGCAUGACUAUUGUGCACGAUAAAGUGUGGUGCGGCUACAGGAACAAGAUCUAUGUGAUUCAGCCCAGAGCAAUGAAAAUAGAGAAGUCUUUUGAUGCCCACCCGCGUAAGGAGAGUCAAGUGCGUCAGCUGGCCUGGGUGGGUGAUGGUAUCUGGGUGUCCAUCCGGCUAGACUCCACCCUCCGCCUCUUCCACGCUCACACCUUCCAGCAUCUCCAGGACGUGGACAUUGAGCCUUAUGUCAGCAAAAUGUUAGGAACGGGAAAACUGGGCUUCUCUUUUGUGAGGAUCACGGCUCUAAUGGUUUCCUGUAACCGGCUGUGGGUGGGAACAGGAAAUGGUGUCAUCAUCUCCAUCCCUUUAUCAGACUCUGUAGGUCAGUGUGGAUAUCUAGGUCAGAGGGCAGCUCAUAAGACUGUAGGAGCGAUCGCCUGUCGUCCAGGUGGAGUGGUGCGAGUGUAUGAUGACACUGUGGAUGGUGUGGUGACGGGCUCGUACGUACCGUACUGCUCCAUGGCACACGCUCAACUCUGCUUCCACGGCCACAGAGACGCUGUUAAAUUCUUUGCUACAGUUCCGGGUCAGGUUAUUGUGCCAGGAGCUGAAGGUACGACUGAGAACUCGGACGGCAAGAGCAUGCUCAUCAUGAGCGGAGGAGUGGGAUACAUCGACUUCAGGAUCGGUGAUGAGGAUGGUGGUUUGGGACGAGAUGAAGAUGAUGAAUCGGCCGAACCCACUUUGAAGCUGCAGUCGGCUCCUGCCAAACCUGAGCGCAGUUAUGUUAUAGUCUGGCAGGUUGCUUUAGGCAGUGAGUGACUGAUAAAUCACUGCUGCAGGUUCAGUGGAGAACUCUAGGUCAACCCACAUGGGCUUAUUAUUUUACAACAUACUAUUCUUAAUACAGAUAUUAUUAUUAUUAAUAGUGUUGUUCUUAAAGGGGUCAUAUGAUG